CCUCCUGCCUGUGCCAUUUCCUCAUGAACCAUGCCGCCCCGUCCUCGACCUUUUUUUACCACACCUCCGGGUCCUUGGCGCUCUCUUUCCAUUUACCCCCUUCCUUUUCGUCUCCCAUGUUGAAGGCCACGAGGUCCUCUCCUAGACGAGACACCCAGUCGCUCUCCUGCCCGCCCCGGUAUCCCACGCCCCCCGCCAUCGCUCCUAACAGCAUGCGCUUGGGGAGGCGGCUGUCCUCCAUGCGCAUAACAAAGCCCGCGCAACACAGACUCCGUUUGCGCACGGUGACCUCGAUGGUUUCUUCGCAGCCUGCCCGGCCUGGGCAUAGGACAGUGGGCGCUUGCCGCUCGGAGGAGAAGGCCCGAAAGGCCAUCGAGAACAUCACGUUCGAGCUCGAGGCUGCCGCUAAGGCCAUCCGCCACAACACAGACACGGGCAUCAAGGGCAAGUUGACCUUCAUGAAGCUGGACCUGUCGUCUCUGGCGGCAGUGAGGGUGUUCGUCGCCGAGUUCAAGGCGUCGAAGCUCGGCCUGGACUCGCUAAUCCUUAACGCGGGCGUCAUGCACGGCUGCCGAAAGGUCACCGAGGAGGGCCUGGAAGCCAACCUCGCCGUCAACUACCUGGGCAACUUCCUUCUCACGACGCAGCUGCUGCCCCUCCUCAAGCAGUCCCCGGACGGGCGAGUGUUGUGCGUCAACUCGAGCCUGCACAAGAAGGUGGUGAUCCUUGGCGACACGUGCGAUGCGGCGAGCAUCGUACCUCUUGCCAUGGGGGCCGACGUUGUGGUCCACGAGGCCACCAACACCAUGCUACCCCCGCUUGACCAGGGCAAGACCUAUGCCGACGUCGAGGCCGAAGCCAUCAAGCACGGCCACAGCACGCCUAUGAUGGCGGCCGCCUUCGCGCAGAGGGUCGGGGCCAAGACGCUCAUCCUCAACCACUUCUCGGCGCGCUACAGGGGCGACCCGUCCGACGCGAGCGUGGCGGCGAUGCUGAGGAUCGAGCGCCAGGCGGCGAGGGCCGGGGGCUUGGAACGACACCAGGGAUGGGAUUUCCUAGAGACGUGCGGCAUUGUGAUGACGAACAUCUCGAGGGACAUGGGGUGGUUCUUGCGAGUAGGGCACGAGGUGUUCAAGCCGUUCUUAAAACUGUUCCUGAAGCACCCGAAAGCGGGAGCGUUCACGAGCGUAUUUGCUGCCACAACGCCCCAGCUCCGCAAGGGCACCGAGGAUGGGGCGCCGGGAGUGGGCGGCCUAUACAUGUCGGACUGCGCGCCCCAAGCGUUCAACCCUGCAGUAACGUGAGUGUUGUGCUACAUCAUCCGUCUUUCCUUUACUGCUAUUGUUGUUGUCCUUUAUUUUUUUUCUCCUGUUUUGUUUUGUUUUUUCGAAAUUCGUCAUCAAUCAGUCGCGUGUAUAGGUUUGUCUUGUAUUAUAGGGUGGUUUGUGGCGAUCAAACCUCGUCGAAGGAUGUUUCGUGCAAGAUAUAUCCCAGCUCUUUUGCGAGACAGUUGGGGAAAGUUGUUGUUACGGAAACGUGUUUUUGGCGGGACGCGUGCACAUAACGCGUGUUACGGCCAGGCAGAUCUACCUUAGUACGAAGUACGUAAUUACGGCCGCGUUUGGUACGGCUCUUGGAACGUUUUUUUUUUGGGGGGGGGAUUGCCCGUGACAGCGAAAAAAGGGCUGCUGAAGAGAAGGAGGACGGACGUGAAAGUGUGCUGCCCUGCCCAACAGCAGGAGCAAAUUUCGCUUGUGUCUUCUCUUUGUCGAUGUCGUGCUUGAGUGAGCUGUCAUCGCCGCCCACCCUUGUUAUGAAGGCGGUAAAAUCGGCAGUAUCACAUAGACAGCGGUGCCCUCCAUUGCCCUUACCGACGAGUAUUGUUCACUCCUUUUUCCCACCUGCACCCAACGACCUGGUCCCUUCGCAACGUAGCUUACAUGGUGCGCGCCUUCCUUCUACUUCCUUCGUUAACCCCCCCCUUCUCCCACGCACGUAUUUUGUCAAUUGUCAUUGUCUUUGUCAGCGUGGACAAGUCACGCAAGGACCUGUGGAAGCUCUCCGAGGAAUGGGUAUCCGCCGGCUCGAAGAAGAAUCGUUGAGGACAACCGCAGAUAUAUAGAUUUCCCGUUCCAAGCCUUUCUCCCGUAAAAGUUUGCGGCGCUACCAGUUUGAUGCGCCGCUCCUAGCGUGAAGGAGAGAGGUCGCGAUUAGUUGUGGGCUGUUGGUGCCCCCUGCUUGAUUUUGAUUAGUGCAGUUAUUGUCGUGAGCCAGACUACUAGCUUCAUGUGUGUUGUGCUUCUGUAGGUGGGCACAGCCGUGUGUUGGUAGCGGUUGCAGGAACAGCGUGAACAGCGUGUGUGUGUGGAGUCGUCUAGCGUGUGGUUCGGGAGUUUCCGUGAUACCACGUGGAGACAGCAGUUCCUUGGUGUGCUUACAGGUUUCGAUUUUACGAGGAAAGGAACGCACACGGAGUGGUGCUCGAGACAAAAUACGGGAUCAAAGUUGAGACGAGAGAUUUAGCGGUAUUUUCCAGUGACGGUGAUGCUAACCGGUACGUCCCCCGCGUGCCGGUGAUUUUGACCGCCUCGCUACUUGGGAGGCAGAGAGAGAAGAGGGGGGGGGGGGAACUACGCUUUGGGGGCAGCAUUCGUCGGCUCUCAGGCGUUUUGUUCAGCGCUCGGAAGAGGGGGGGGGGGCUGUCCACCGUUGGGCAGAAUUGGUCUACCCUCAGGCUGAUGAAGAGUUUGUACUUUUACGUUUUCAUCGGAUGCGGACGUGCUCCGGGUUUGUUUUGUUGUUUAUCCGUGAUCGCUCUCAACAGAAAUGUGGUUGUCUUUGUCUGAAUCGGAAACUAUUCGGGUUUUUUGUUGUGUUGGUGUGCGAGUCGUGUUGUGCGGGUCCGUUGCGUACGUACAUUCGGGGACGAAAAGAGAACGACAGAUGACUGCGUUAUCAAUCCACCGCGUUUCGGGACGU